AUGAGCACUCAACUGGAAGACUAUUACAAGACGCCGAAAGAGGUUGCUGAAGCAUUGAAAGUCAAAGAUCUUCAGACAUUGAUUCGAGGUUUAUCAAAGCUAAGAACACAACUCACCAUUGCUGUCAAAAAUCGAGUCGAUCCCACCGAAAAACAUACUCGACCUCUUGUUGAAUACUGCCAAUCAUGCACAGACAGCCAUGAAUUGAGCAAUCUGUGGGAUUAUCAAGCCUCUACAAAUAUCCAGGACUUGGAAUGCAUGCUGCCUGAUAUCGUUGGAUUAUUCAUGAGAUUAUGUACAACACCUGUCAUCCGAUCUUACGGUAUCCAGCUCAUCCAGACUGUACUGCAACGACAGAUGAAAUACAUUUAUCGUGGCAUUUCAUCCAUGCGCAUCCCACAUUGUCAGUCCACCUAUAAAUUAUUGACCUCCAUGGUCUCAUUCAACGAAUCAACAGCUAGAGAUUUGUUCACCACCUUCAAUUUCCAGGCAGAGGGAUUUUUGAGAGCUUCCAGAUACAGACAGACCAAAAAGAACAAGAAGCCACAGAGUUACAUCUAUGAUCUUCGUACCAACUACAUACAAUUCGUGCUUGCAUUUUUCAAACAUGGCGAUGCCGAGAUCAAAAAGCAAGUGUUAGGAGUCAAGGGCCUUGUCAGCGGUGUGUUUGUCGGCAUGGACGAAGAUGCAUAUCCAUUGAUUGAAGAGACCUUGUCUGUCAUGUACGAAAAACUGAUUUUGGAUAGCAACGUGCCUCGCAGUUUAAAGGCGUUCUUCUUUUCACCCUAUAUUCUGGAGAAACUUGCCAAGAUCUACACUCGCUCAGAACCAGAGGAGACUGUGCCUGGAGAGACGGGCGGCAUUCCAGCAGAUUUAGUGCAUCAUUUCUUGAUCUCGAUCUGUAGUGUGCCUGAUGUGGGUAUCUGUUUCAAAGACACCACUUGGUAUCCUGCUAAACCUGCAGCCAAUGAUGAAGCCAACAAGAAUUCCAAAAUCACAAACAGAGUAUUGGCCAAGUUUAUUACAACGUUGAAGCCUGCCGAUGAUAUGCGCCAACAAGAACUUGUAUUGAAGAUUUUGGGAGCCUGUCCAGAGCUCGUGCAAGAGUACUGGCACAAUACAAUCUUGAUGUUUGAACCUCGUAUUUCAAACAAAUGGCUUGCCAACAUUACCGUUUUACAAAAGAUUAUUCAGCUACCCGUGCCAUCGUUAUACUAUGGCGAAACUCGACUUUACCCUACUGAACCACCUAGUGUAGACACGAUCCUCGACAACAUCUUGCCCAACGUCUUUAACAGAUCACCCGCCAGUAAGGGUCUUCAACAUGCCAGUCCUCUCGUCAGAUAUACCACCAUGCUCGUCUUGUCAGCCGUUUUUCAGAAGUAUGACAAGGUAGCUCAAUCCAUGAAACGAGUCAUCAUGACACUAGAGACAACAGACAAGAAUAAGAGCACAGCAACUGCAUCUGACAACUGGAAAAAAUGCUUGGAAAGUGUGCGUGAGGGGCUGCGUCGCAGAGUGCCUGAAAUUCAGACCUUGGUUGCCUUGCAUAAACAAACCUCUAUCAAGAUGGCACAGCAACAAAGUGAUGCCGUGGAUCAAGAUGAACUCAUCUAUCAAAAUCAGCUUCUUCAAGAUACAGCAUUUCGAUUGAUUCGUUACUAUCAAGAGUUUGUCCCUGAAGCCUUGAUGGAGUCCAAUAUUGAUCCAGGCAACUUUAUUCCAGCAGACAUCUUGUCUGUCAAGCCAGGCACGUUGAUCCACUUGUUGAAGCUGUUUCUCAGUAUGCCUGAUUUCAACUGGACGAGUAAAUCAUCUGGAUCCUCUUCAUCUCACAUCACCACCUUAUUGACUCUGUAUCUUCAAACACCCUACAAGCAUAUCCGUGAUUUGACAGGAAGACUAUUGAACCAAACAUUGUCUGACUCAUUCAUGUUCAACCAUGACCCUGAAGAAGUACAAUUGUGGCUGAAUGCACUGCCUCACAAUUUGAGCUCGUCUUCCAAAAACUUGGCCAUGUCAGAAACGCAGCAAGGCGUGCUUCAGUUCCUGGACAACUGCAUCAAUCGAUUCAGUAAAGCACAGUACAAAUACACUGAUCAGCUAGUGGAACUCGUCAACACGGUCAACAGCAACCACGCCGAAGAGCCUGGAUUUACUAGAGACUUGAUUUUAGCCAACACAAGCACGGACAUGGCAUCAGAAUACAAGCAUCCCUUCAGUCCACUGCUGCUGACCUUGUGCGAAAACCUGAAUUUUAUCAAAUCUGACAGACGUCCUGCUGUGCUGUAUAUCACCCACUUGCUUACCUUGCUGCUCACCAAGCAACAUGUUCCCUAUUAUCUCCAGGCUGUGUGCUCAAAAUUGGACGCUGAAUUGAGUUCAUCGCACAGAGUGGAUCCUCGCUGCGUAGAAAUCUGGAGUAAAGAUGACAUGAUUUACCAAGCCAAACUGUGUUUGGGACAAGACGUAAAGGUGUCUAGAAAGCAACCAAGCAGCAGCAAUGACAAGAUGGAAGACCGUUUAACGCAAUUGAUCAAGACCGACGAUAUUGCGGAUCUUGCUGAUUGUAGAAAAGAGUUUGUGGAGUUGUUGCAGCACUUGCCAGUCAAUGUGCUUGAUCUUCACCUGGAGAAAACAGCAACGUUCUGUCACCAAAAGCUCAAUUGGGUGUUAUAUGAGCCUCUUGUGGAUUAUAUCACGUCUCGCCAUCCACUUGCAGGCGAUGUCUUUUCAUACAGCCACAUCAAGCCCAUGAAGUCGUUGAUUUCUAUGGAACAUGAACACACUGCUUCCUUACUCACCAAGAUCCCAUUUGCCUGCUUGUUCAACAACGCCGUGGUGGCUCAACGAUACAACAAUGAUCUUGCCAUGUCUGUGCUGAAACGUGCUUUGGAUUCUCUCAAAUCGCGUGAUAUGAUGCAUGCUACCUCGUGCAUCUUUCAACACCUCAAUACUUUACUGAUGGAACCCAAGCCUGAAAAGGCGGCAUCAGGGCUUGAAUUCUGCUUUAGGCUCUUGCGCCAUGUCAUCCAUAUCAUGCACCACCAGAUCCAAGACGUCAAAAUGCGAGCCGAACUAAACAGCUUCAUCUUUACUCAUCCUGCGCUGAAACACCUGGAGAACCAACUGACCAGCCAAAUCCUCGCCUACCAAGAUGUCGAUCAUUUCCCCUCCUCUCUAGAAGACGUCUCUCUCAUCCAAUUAGCCAUUUCCUUUAUGGACAUUUUCGGUGAAGGAUCCAACGCCAAGACACUGCUCGACUGUGUGAUUCGUGUGGAUUUCCAAGGACUGUAUGUCUACAGCAAAAAAGUUGCUAAAAACAUGCACAUCAACGAUACCAUGAAGAAGCUGCUGAUUGUGCUUGUCGAGUACAUGUACAGCUCGUCUCAAGAGUACACAAUUCCCAGCAAAGCGUUUGAGAUUAUCACACAGCUCUGGAAACUGGCAGGCACAACCGAAGAAUUCAACUUGCAAGUACUGUCGCUAUUGGAGUUGAGCAUGACCAGACAACAGUGCGACAACACUGACAACGAAGCUGAAAAGCAUGCUGUGCACGUCUUGUUGGAAGCGUGCUGUGAGCCCAUCAUCAGGCACAUUUUGGCAGGCAACCCAUGUAUCAUUGAUAUUGACGCGCUGCGAUCUGCUUGUGUCGCUUCGUCUGUGGAUGUGCCCAGUAUCGUGGUCAACAGCUUGACCGAUCGUCUCUUACUGACACCCAACUUGGUGGAUGUGAUCCAUAUUGGACAUGACUUGCUAGUCAACAGCACAGAUGAGCAGAGCGAAUUCAUGCAAGUCGUGAUGGAGUUCUUGCUCAAGCAAUUGACGGCUGCUGCGGAUGCCAACAUCAUGUCUGACGAGACACCUGAAGAGGCAUUCUACAACAAACUCGUGCCAUUUGUCAAGGAACUCCAGGGCAACUGGGCUGCUCAUCUCAACACGGAAACUGUGCGUGAUUACAUCUUGACCUCGUUGAUGGACAAUAUGGAGGAUGCUGCUGCUGUUCGUUUUGUGCGUGUGUUGGUGGAGUAUGCCUAUGAAGACUACGACAAGAUGGAACCCAUGGAGACCUACCUGCGUCGUAUCUUGGACCACAAAGAAUACCAGCGUUUGACAGCGCCUGAUGUGGCCAAACUGCUGCUUAAACAAAUCCCUGCAAACCAUGCUCAGCGCUCUGCUAUCAUUCAGUUGAUCCAUACACUCAACAAGAUUCAGCCUCUGGUACUCGCCAAGCACCAUGGCCUGCUGGACCCUCUCUUGACCAGCUACAGUGCUACUACCAGUGCUACUGACCGAUUGAUCUUGGAUGUCCUCAUGUCUUGUGAGAGCCAUGGCCGUGAGACCAUUCUGCCCAAGAUGCUCAUGUGGGGCCCUGGUUCAGACCGCACACGUCAAGCACAUGCACAGGCAGGCACCUUGUUGCAGACCAGCGCCAUCUCGAUCGAAACACUCAGUCUCAUUGACCCUGCUUUGAUGAAAUAUACCUUUACGCACUUUCCAGCAGACUGCACUCUCAAGCAUAUCGCCAUUGACGUGGAUCACGACAGCAUAACAACGCCUGUGUAUGACCCUUGCUUUUUUAUGCCUCUGUUUGCCAACUUGAUCUCAUUAGGUGCUGUGGAUUGCCGCAAGUUUAUCGAGUGCAAUGGCCUUGGUUUUGUCAUGAUGGGCAUGUCCUCGACAGACGAGCAUGUGCGCCAUGUCGCCUAUCAAAUGAUGGAUCAGUUCUAUGUCAUGGUAGAGCAUGCUCGCUUCCGUGAACAGCCCUCGAUUAUCUUUGUGCUGGAGCAGUUCAAGAACUCGAUUCAGGGCAGAUCUGAGGCAGAUGCUCCUCCUCGGGUGCCUGCUGCCAUCACUGUGUGUGUGUCCCAUGCUGUGUCUAUUUUACUUCAUCCUGAGCACUUUAUGCUGCCCCAUAUUACCACCUGGAUAUUGCAGAACCCCUCUUUUGAUUUCAAUUACGUGCCCAUGUUCACCUUCCUGUUCACCUCCUCCUCUCCCAACCACAAAAAAGAGCGUCUUUGGUUACUGUAUGUGCUGUCAUCGUCAUUGAGAACUUACGAGGACUACAAGAUAUUCGCUCGUCAAAGCAUUUUUGACAUGAUUGCUACGUUCUACAACUCUGCUUAUGCAGAUCCAUCCAGCAAAAAGGCUGUUUUAGAGAUCAUGGAGCAAGCGACGGCUAUUCCCAGUGUCACAGCCAACCUCAUUCAGUACAAUGGUCUUUUAGCCUGGAUCCAUCAAGCCAUGGCGCUUGCAUCAGACCAGGACGAGUUUGUGGCGUGGGAGAAGAUACUAGACGCCACCAUGGCUAGUGCAAAUCAAGUGGAAAAGGUGCCUGAAAAGGUCAAAUCCAUGUUGAAUGAUGAAAAGCUGCAUUUGCCCAUCUACAGCCAAUGUCAGUGCUUGUUUGUGUGCAAGUCAUGGAACACCGCUGCUCGCCCCUUUACAGAGCUCAGUGCCAGCACUCGCAUGCUCUAUGGUCGUAAUUGCCUUUACAGACUCGCAAGGAACAUACGGACGGACGAUAGUUAUGGCCAUGGUAUCCGUCGUUUGGAGCUCUUCUUUCCAGUCAGAAGAGAUUACCACAAUAUCCAGAUUGGCCUGAUUCAUCUGCUGGAAGGCUGUUAUAACCUGGCUGAAAUCAUCAUGCACAUGUCUAAUCCUUUGCCUCUGGUGUCUGCCAUGAUUGAAAAGCAUGUCCAUCUACCUCGCUUGGAGCUGGUUCUGGUAGAGAACAAGGAUCAACUGUUGUCUCUUGGCUUUGACUUCCUCAACCUGGUAUUCAUAUAUAAAGCCACAUUGAAUCAAUUGCACAUUAGUGUCUACAUCGGUGCCUUCUCUCGCUUCCUUGCUGUAGACAACAUCUCUGACUAUUUGCACGAGUUUACCAUGCUCAAAUCGUGCCCUCAAUUGCAGAAAUUAAGCCUUCACAUCAAGCCGGCCAGCUUCCAAGUACAACAGACUGUAGCUCAAGAACAAAACGACAGGUCAGACAUUCAAUUGGAAGAACUUGGCAUCGAUGGAGAACUCAUGGCACAAGAAUUGUACAUGUAUCCGGUCCAAAACUGCAAGCAUCUGGACCCCGUCCUCUCUACAUUUCAUGCUUUUGAUGAGGACAUGUCACUGCAAAUUACCAAUCUUAAAUUCAAGACUCUAUUCCCUGCCACAAGCAAAACUCUCCUGGAUAUCGGCUACUGGUUCCCUACAGUUCGCCAAGUAGAGCUAAGAGGAUCCGACUUGACUUCGCUUAUCAACCAGCAUUGCAAUGCCUUGCUAGACUUUAAUGAUCUGAAUCUACAUUUAUCUCUCCUUUGA